CAGCACCACGCACAGCACCCCUACCGCAACCAGCAGCACCACCGUGACAGGAACCAGCAGCAUCACACGCACCAGCGCCAGCAUAACCAGCAGCACCAGCGUGACCAGAACGACUGGGACCAGCAGCCUCACGAGCUUGUCGGUAACGUUGUCAGCCACGACCACCUCGUACCAGGACUACACGCUGCUUCCCCCUGGCCAGACCUGCUACGAGGCCGACAUGCAGGACGUAACCCGACAUGCGGAAUGCUUUGGACCUGCCAUGGCGCUGCUCAAGCUCAGCUCUGCUACGACUAAGGAUUAUACUGGAGAGUUCAUGCCGUUCACUUGCGUGUACGUGGAGGGCGCCUCAGCUGUUCACUUUGGGGAUUCCACCUCCGAGACAGCCGCGGCUUCCCAGAACUACCAGUACAUCUGCAUCGGUGUCCUGACGUCGACUGCAACAGCAGCACCACGCACAGCACCCCUACCGCAACCAGCAGCACCACCGUGA